UCGUACUCUUUGUUUCUAUAUAAUGCUUGUGGCUCAGGUGCAAUAUAUUCCCACUUCUCUUGCUCAGUACUUCACUCAAACUCGCUCUCUUUAACUCACUGAGUCACUCACCAACUCUGCCUCACCUAUGGCUGCCAUUUUCAACCUCCUUUUCUCUCUCCUCUUUUGCCUCAUUUUUACCUCUCUUCCAGGGGAAGUAAAUGGAGCAAAAAUGGUGCUAGUGAACAAAUGUAGGUACACAGUGUGGCCAGGGAUUCAGCCAAGUGCUGGCAAAGAAAUCCUAGCUCGUGGUGGAUUUCAGCUGCUUCCUAACAAAUUUUACGUCCUUAAUCUUCCGGCCGGGUGGUCCGGUCGGCUUUGGGGCCGCCACGGAUGCCACUUUGAUGCUAGUGGUCACGGUACGUGCGCUACCGGUGACUGUGGUGGCUCCCUUUACUGUGCUGGUGCUGGUGGUGCUCCUCCUGCUACCUUAGCUGAGAUUACUCUUGGACAAGAGCAGGACUUUUAUGACGUAAGUCUAGUGGAUGGUUACAACCUCGCAAUCUCAAUGGUACCUUUCAAAGGAGCAUCAGGACAAUGCGCACCAGCAGGAUGCAUAAGCGACUUGAACACGAUGUGCCCGACGGGACUCCAAGUCCGAGGCGCCCGAGGUGGUGUAGUAGCUUGCAAGAGUGCUUGUUCAGCCUUUAACUCACCAAGGUAUUGUUGCACAGGCACCUUUGGUAGUCCACAAGCUUGUAAGCCAACAGUGUACUCCAAAAUAUUCAAGACAGCUUGCCCACGCGCUUACUCCUACGCGUAUGAUGACCCCACUAGCAUUGCUACUUGCACUAGGGCUAACUAUUUGGUCACUUUCUGUCCCCACCACCGCCGUUGACUGACUGUUGAGCACUUUAGCAGAACCUCAAAAAAAAAAAAAAGAAAAAAAAAAUGUGUUAGUAGAUCUAUAAGGAAAAAGUAGAGUGUAAUUUUGUUGGGGGUUAGUGGAUUUUUAUUGAAUUAUGAGGAGAUUCUCUUAUAUAUGUCAGAUGAAUAAGAAUAUAUUAGGUGCAUGUCGGUCUACAAGUACUAGUAUUAAUAUAAUCUACGUAUUAUUAUGGAGGUGAUCU